ACUGCCGCAGGCUUUGCCCAGGCUCCCCUGCACCUGCGGGAAGGCUUCUCCUUGGCCGAGCUCCUCUGACAAGAAGUCCAUCCUGACCAUCCUCAAGGUCCUCGGAGAUCUGCUUUCUGUUGGCACAGACCGGAGAAUUCACUACAUGAUCAGCAAGGGUGGCAGUGAGGCUCUUCUGCAGACCCUGGUAGACACAGCGAGGACAGCUUCUCCAGACUAUGACAUCCUCCUGCCUCUCUUCCGGCUGCUGGCCAAAGUUGGCCUAAGAGAUAAAAAGAUUGGACGGAAGGCCCUGGAAUUGGAAGCACUUGAUGUGACAUUGAUUCUGGCCAGGAAGAACUUAUCCCAUGGCCAGAACCUCCUUCACUGUCUCUGGGCUCUGCGUGUGUUUGCCUCCAGUGUCUCCAUGGGAGCCAUGCUGGGAAUUAACGGAGCCAUGGAACUGCUUUUCAAGGUUAUUACUCCUUAUACCCAAAAGCGCACCCAAGCAAUCAGGGCAGCCACUGAAGUUUUGGCAGUGUUGCUGAAAUCCAAGUCGAACGGCCGCAGGGCAGUGAACCGAGGCUACGUCACCAGCUUGCUCUGGCUGCACCAGGACUGGCACAGCUGUGACACAGCCAACACCUACGUGCAGAUCCGACGGGGCUUGCUGCUCUGCCUCAGGCACAUUGCUGCCCUCCGGUCCGGCAGGGAGGCCUUCCUGGCAGCACAGGGCAUGGAGAUCCUCUUCAGCACCACACAGAACUGCCUGGAUGACAAGAGCAUGGAGCCCGUCGUCUCUGUGGUGCUUCAGAUCCUGAGGCAGUGCUACCCUAAGAGUCCACUUCCCUUAGUCACAGCCAGCAGUGCCUAUGCCUUCCUGGUCCCUGGGCGCAUCGCCACUGAACUUCCAUGUGAUCUACCUGAAGAGGAUUUUGAAGAUGACGAUGAUGACGAGGUGGACAAAGACUCUGAUACUGAAGAUGGGAAAGUGGAAGAUGAUGACUUGGAAACAGAUGUGAACAAGCUAACUUCCAAACCUGGUCUUGACCGACCUGAAGAGGAACUGAUGCAAUAUGAGGCGAUGUGUCUUGAGCUCUCCUAUAGCUUUGAGGAACUGGAGUCCAAACCUGGAGGUGAUUUGAACUCUGAGAAGACUCAGUAUGCGAAUCACCACCACAUUCCGACUGCUGCCUCCUCAAAGCAGCACUGCUACAACAAGGACCAAAGCUCCUGUGGACAAGAAAGGGAAGACUCUGUCCGGAGUUCCCUUCUGUGCAUGGUGAAGACACAAAGGUCCACUGUGCAUCUAGGCUCCAAAAGAAUGCCUGGAGUGAACCCGUACCAAAAUGUGCAAUCCAAUAGUCUCGGGAGAGAUUCUUCUGGAAGUGAAAUCCCUGACAUUCAGGCUUCCCUGAAAGCAGAUGCCUGGGACAUAGAUGCAAUUUUCUGCCCAAGGAUGAGUGCCUCCUUUUCUAAUUCCACUAGGACUGGAGAGGCUGUUGAAGUAAUAGAUAAGCUUCUGCAGACACAUCUGAAGUGUGUCCCUUUCCACGAUCCCUAUCUUUAUAUGGCCAAAGCCAGAAGAACCAGCUCUGUGGUGGACUUCAAGAUGGUGGCAUUUCCUGAUGUCUGGGGACACUGUCCCCCUUCCACCACUCAGCCUAUGUUGGAACGCAAGUGUGGAGUCCAAAGGAUCAGGAUAUUUGAGGAUAUUCGAAGGCUCAUCCAGCCAAGUGAUGUUAUAAAUAAAGUUGUCUUCAGUUUAGAUGAGCCUUGGCCUUUGCAAGACAAUGCUUCCAAUUGUUUACAGUUCUUCUCUAAAUUUGAGUCAGGAAAUCUUCGCAAAGCCAUCCAAGUGCGUGAGUUUGAGUAUGACUUGCUGGUCAACGUGGAUAUAAACAGCACCCAGCACCAGCAGUGGUUCUAUUUCAAAGUGAGCGGUAUGCAGGCGGCCGUCCCUUACCACUUCAACAUCAUCAACUGCGAGAAGCCCAACAGCCAGUUUAAUUAUGGGAUGCAGCCCACCCUGUAUUCCGUGAAGGAGGCCCUUCUUGGCAGACCCACCUGGAUACGGACAGGCUAUGAAAUAUGUUACUACAAAAAUCAUUAUCGCCAGAGUACAGCUGCUGCAGGCGGAGCAUCUGGGAAGUGCUACUAUACCCUCACCUUUGCUGUCACCUUCCCACACAAUGAGGAUGUCUGCUACCUGGCCUACCACUAUCCCUACACCUACACAGCCCUCAUGACUCAUCUUGACAUCCUGGAAAAGAGUGUCAACCUCAAAGAGGUCUACUUCCGGCAAGAUGUUCUCUGCCAGACUCUUGGAGGGAAUCCGUGUCCCUUGGUGACCAUCACGGCCAUGCCUGAGUCCAACAGUGAUGAGCAUCUAGAGCAGUUCCGACAUCGUCCAUAUCAGGUGAUCACCGCUCGAGUUCAUCCAGGAGAGAGCAAUGCCAGUUGGGUGAUGAAGGGUACCUUGGAGUUCCUGGUCAGCAGUGACCCUGUGGCUAGGCUCUUGAGGGAAAACUUCAUCUUCAAGAUCAUACCCAUGCUCAACCCAGACGGUGUCAUCAAUGGCAACCACAGAUGCUCACUGAGCGGGGAAGAUUUGAACAGACAAUGGCUUUCUCCCAGUGCUCAUCUGCAGCCAACCAUUUACCAUGCAAAAGGCCUCCUCUACCACCUGAGCAGCAUUGGCCGAAGUCCUGUGGUUUUCUGUGACUUCCAUGGCCACUCCCAAAAGAAGAAUGUGUUCCUUUAUGGCUGUAGCAUCAAGGAAACCUUGUGGCAAGCAGCAUGCACUGUAGGCACAUCUACUAUCCUAGAGGAUGUCAACUACAGGACUCUUCCCAAAAUCCUUGAUAAACUAGCACCAGCAUUCACAAUGAGCAGCUGCAGCUUCCUUGUGGAGAAAUCUCGAGCCUCCACGGCCCGGGUGGUGGUGUGGAGAGAGAUGGGGGUGUCCAGAAGCUACACCAUGGAAAGCAGCUACUGUGGUUGCAACCAGGGCCCCUAUCAGUGUACAUACAGGCUGUUGGAGAGGACAAAGAAUGUAAGGGCUCGCUCAAUGGAUGGCCUUCAGGGUCUACAGUUUGGUACCAGAGAACUGGAGGAGAUGGGAGCCAUGUUCUGCUUGGGCCUCCUCAUCCUGGAGCUCAAAUCUGCCAGCUGCAGCCAUCAGUUCCUGGCUCGAGCUGCAACUUUGCUGAGUGCUGAGGAGGAGGCUCUGGACCAGCACCUCCAGCGGUAAGAUGCUCCCAAGGGCUCAGAGAAAUUUGGACCUUGGUAGUUCCAUUGCUGAAUAUCUCAGUAAUGAAAGUCGAGUGGACCUAGGGGUCUUUACACAGACAAAAUACGGGAGAACUGCCAGGUAAAGGUAGGUGCAGUUAGGCCCUAUUGGAUGACCUAAACCAGGAACAUAUCAUUUCCUACUGAUGAUAAAGAGGAUGCUGCCUGUUCAUACAUAUAUAUGCAAAUCUAAAACUAUAUGUAUUUAUACAUAUUUCUAGGUAACGCAUUUUACUUAUGAUAAAGAAGAUGUGGCUUGGUGACACACAUGGAUAUCUACAUACACUUAUAUUUGCCAGUUCUGUGUUUAUAUGUAUACAGAUAACAUUUUUGAGCCAUUACUCAGAAAACAACAAUGGCAAUCUCAUUGGCAAUAUCUAGGCACUUGGAGACAAGAAAUGUUUUACUCUCUUCCCAUUCUCAAACACCAUAGUUCCUUUUUGGAAGAUGAAGGGAACCACUUGAAGAUGAUUAACGCAUUGGCUCAGAGAACCCGACUCCCAGCCACAGCAGGGAAAGGCUGGAUCUCUGAGAAUCGUGGGGAUUGUUAAUGAGCCAAGGGAAGGAGAACCGUUAUCCAAAUGAGCCCUUUUGAUGCUCUUUCCUGUUGAGAAAUAUUUUAGACUUGACCAAAACAAAUUCAGGGGGCAAGAGGGGAAGAAAUAAUGGGCAUAUGAGAGGAGAGAGGAUGGAGGGGAGUCCAAGAAGCCAAAGGCAGCUAAGUCAUUGCCCACACUUUGAGUGUCAGAAUGGAUGGGAAAAUUGAGCUGUUGGGAAAGUGUUUCCUGGUAAAUGAGGAGGCAUCUGGUCAUGCACUUCACAUCCAAAGGCAGAGAGAAAGCCAUUCAUUCUGGGACCAUCUUAUUUCUAGCUCAUUUUCAUGAAUUUUCCUCCUGUUCCUGUUGGGCGGCUGUUGCAGUGUGACUUCUUACCCAAUGGCCAGUGAAGCCUAGAAAGAUGUAGCAGUAUGUCUUAAUACUGCUUUGGAAGGCUCUGGUUUUCUGAGACUUGACAUCUAAAUGCAGUAAUUAACUUGCUCACCACACUGGGCUAUAGACCAUAGACUACAGAAACUUAAAUUUAAGUGCAGGGCUCUUUCCUCCAUAGAGCUGCUGCUGCUGAUUUCUUUUGACAUCACAACCACUUCCGCCUGCCCUGGCCCCUUCAACACCCCUCAGUGUCUGAAGGCUUCGUGCGUUUGGUAUCAUUGUGGUGUUUUCAGACUCUCCCUCUGACAGCAAGCACUUCCACCUGCCAGCAUAUAUAUUUCAACUUGUCUUUUCAUCUUUUCCUUUACUAAGCUAUCUUGGGUGUAGGCAUGCCUGGAUUUUUUUUCCUUCUUUCCCUUUUUCCCCCUGUCUCCUCUGCUGCUCAUUCAGGGAAGAUUGAGCAGAACUGGCAUUGCUUGCUUUCGUCAAAUUGAUUGUGCCCAUCUGUUUGAUCCAAUGCAGUGAGGAUUAGUUGCCUGCAAACUGGAACAAAAAGAAAUCUAUCAAAGAAAUGCCUUUUCUAAUUCAAGUCUAAAGAAUUUGAUGUCAGGCUUCAAAUACAAUGGCUGCUAUAUAGGUUAUUAUAAGGAGAUAGUAUUAUUUGCCCCUACCUUUCCACACCAUUUCACACAACUGUUAGUUUUUCAAUUGCAUCCUGACCAAGGGGAUUGAAGCUAGAGGUCCUUCCAUGACCUCUGACCUUUCCUAGGCUGGUGCAGCUCCUUAAGGGCAGGAUACCUGAACACAGGAUGUGAUUAAUAUGUCUACUUUGAAUAGAUUUGAAUUAAGUUUGGCAAACAUGGAGUUUGGUGGAGAUCAGCAGGAGGGAAACUAUCUAUUUCACCCAGACAUUUGUAUGGUAAUAUAUUUUCCUAUUCGUUACGAAGCAGUUGACCACACAGAUUGUGAUUCUUGCCAAAAGGACCUGAAAACUACAUGGUUGUGAGGGAGAUCACCCUGAGCACUUCUUGACCCCAAAAAUAUUCCAGCCAAUAAGCUUAUGGUCACAAAAAGAUGACAGAGAGAACAUUUAUAAAAUCUGCUGGUUUCAAACCAUCAAUAGGUUUUUUGAGAACCAUUUGAUUAGUUUCUGAAGAAUAAAGUUAAAUCCUGAGAUGUAAUAAUCAGCAGAGUGAAUCCUAGAACUUUUGUUGGUAUCAGGAUUAUUAUUGUAAUACAAAGAGUGUAACCAAUGUUUGUCAACACAAAUCUGUGUAUGUUUUAAAGAGGAGACCUCUACCACCCUCCUCCCCUCCUGCCUCUUCGUUGGAUAUAACAGGGUUUCCAGCAUCCCACAAGAAGAUUUGUGUUGUUGUUGCACGGAAGGAAUUAUGAAUAACAAGGUGGGUGAGGGGGCUCUUCUCCAAAGAUCUGCCCUGAAGAAAUACAAGAAUGGCUGUGUGCCAUGGCUCAUACCUGUAAUUCCAGCACUUUGGGAGGCCUAGGCGGGAGGAUCACGAGGUCAGGAG